UUUCUCAAAGACUGGCGUGUAGUGUAUUUUCAACAAGACCUGCGGGUAUCAUUUUGGCUGUGUUGACAGAUCCUUUGUCUGAUCUGAAACUGCAGAACAGAAGGUGGCGGUAUACACCUUUUAGCGUAACAAAUCCACCCCAUAAAUCAACAGAAGAAGGAAGAGACAGGAAGCUACCGGGAUAUGACGUCGUGUCCAAUGCAAUGCCUCAAUGGUACACAAAUGUCAGUGGAUUGCUCAAAAUUUCCCCAAUUCUGGUUCUCGUCAAAGGUGGCUUGUAGUUUAAUUGGAGGUGUGGGAUUCACUUUGACAAACAAGCGGAGGCUGGCUCUGUGAUCUGCAGUGAAUGUGUGGCUGGCUUUAGUUUCGGUUAGUUGACAGAGCUGCCCUGGGAUCAGUGCGGGUGUGGCAGGAUGAGUGGAGCUGCACUGGGCAUCGAGAUCGUGGUAGUGUUUUUCCUGGCGCUCUUCCUCCUGCACCGCUAUGGUGACUUCCGAAAGCAGCAGCGCAUGGUGCUGUUUGGCACACUGCUGGCCUGGUACCUCUGCUUCCUCAUCGUCUUCAUCCUACCACUGGAUGUCAGCACGACAAUUUACAGGCAGUGCAAAAAUGAAGAGCACACAGCAAUUCCGACUGUGACCUCGACCGUCUCCAACCGGACAGCAACAAACUCCUCCGUGUCCCCAACUAAAAGUGUUUCAAAAGUGUGUUACAAGCCAUGGAGCUACAUUCCAGAUGGAAUCAUGCCUGUGUUUUGGCGGGUUGUGUACUGGACCUCGCAGUGUCUCACCUGGUUGCUGCUACCCUUCAUGCAGUCAUAUGCUCGGUCUGGGGGUUUCUCCAUCACUGGGAAGAUAAAGACGGCACUCAUUGAAAAUGCCAUCUAUUAUGGCACCUACCUGCUCAUUUUUGGCUCUCUUCUCAUCUAUGUGGCCGUGCACCCGCAAUGGCACCUGUCCUGGUAUGAGUUGCAGACAAUAGGCAUUACUGCAGCCAACACCUGGGGGCUAUUCCUGCUGGUGUUGCUGCUGGGCUACGGGCUGGUGGAAAUCCCACGCUCCUACUGGAACGCCUCACGUCAUGGCCACCUGCUGAUCAAGACCUACUUCAAAGCAGCCAAGCUGAUGGCUGAGAAGGCAGAUGCUGAGGAGAACCUGGAGGACAUCAUGGAGGAGGUGAGGAAAAUUAGCGAGGCUAUUAAGUACAACCAUCCCCUGCGGAAGUACAUUGACACCAUUCUGAGAAAGUGUCCCACAGACUACCAGGAGAAGAUGGGCAGGAACAUGGAUGAUUAUGAGGAUUUUGAUGACAAACAGAACACUUAUCCCAGUGAGAAAAGCCUGGUGAAGCUUCAUAAGCAGGUGAUCUAUGCAGUGCAGCGGCAUAAUCGAACCCGAGUUCAGUGGCAGAUCCUGUUGGAUGAGGCCUUCCACUUGGAGGACGUGGCCAAAAAUGAGACCAGCUCUUCUCGCCAGUUUGUCCACAGCUUUGCCCCUGCCGAGCCUCCUGGCUGGAUCAACCGCUACAUCUACACCCCCACAGUAGAGUGGUACUGGGAGUGCAUGCUGAGGCAGUGGUUCUACCGCGUGCUGGCGGUGGUUCUGUCUGUGUUCUCUGUGGUGGUGGUUUGGUCCGAAUGCACCUUCUUCAGCACUCGGCCCGUCCUCUCUCUCUUUGCCGUCUUCAUUCAGCUGGCAGAGAGGGAAUACAACUACCUGUACAUUGAGAUGGCGUGCUUCAUCACAAUCUUCUUCCUGUGUACUUGUGUGUACUCUACUGUGUUCCGCAUCCGAGUCUUCAACUACUACUAUUUCGCCUCCCACCACCAGACCGAUGCCUACAGCCUCCAGUUCAGCGGCAUGCUCUUCUGUCGUCUGACUCCCCCUCUGUGUCUGAACUUUCUGGGACUGAUCCACAUGGACUCGGCUAUCUCGCAUCAGCAGAAAGAGCAAACCGCAUACACCUCUAUAAUGGGCUCCAUGCGGGUGCUCUCCUUUAUAGCCAACGGUUUCUACAUCUAUUAUCCCAUGUUAAUUGUUAUACUCUGCAUCGCCACUUACUUCAGCCUGGGCACCCGCUGUCUCAACCUCCUGGGUUUUCAGCAGUUCAUGGGUGACAACAACAUGACCUCUGACCUGAUCGACGAGGGAAAGGAGCUAAUCCGUCGAGAGAAAAGGAAACGCCAGAGGGUGGAAGAUGGAGAGAACAGACGAAGAGAAUGGAAAGAGCGCUAUGGGAACCAGCGGGAUGACUAUUCUGCCAGGAACAGAAGCACUCAUUCUGAGCUGAAAGAGACCAACUACUCUGACACAGCUAACGCGAGCGCUAACAGACAAGCUAAGUACUCUCGGUCCAGCGGCCGGCCGGAGAGGGACCGAAUAGAGCUGCUGCAGGAUGCCGAGCCGCUGGACUUCAAUGCUGAGGCACUCUCCGAUGACCUGGAGUCAGAGAUGGGGAGACACGCAGGGGGUCGCUACCUGUCCAUGUCCUCGUCCCGGAGCCGAAUAUUCGACGACGUGUGACAGCAGCUGAGGACGGGAAGGAGAGGAAAGCAUGCUGACUCUCUCACUCCUCCCUUCCACCCCUCACACAGGCAAGACAGUGGCCAGGAAGGUGGCACAAAAAGUAGCACAGUACCUCUCCCUUUCACUGGUGAUGCUCUUUGCCUGUCAGGGCGUUGUGUAUCCCAAUGGCUGCUGUUUGGCCGGCUUGUACUCAGAUGUGAGCAUACAUCCAUGUAAAACUCAAGCAGCUCCAGAAUAUAAUCUUGUUGUUGGCCCUGCUCUUGGAGCAACUGAAACUGAGUUCAGUUGAGCUGCCCACUAGACAAAUUUGCCUCCUUUAGGUUAAACUUGUAACAAAAAAAGAUCAUUGAUCAUUGGAAAGAACACAAAUCACUCCUCUAUGGAUAAGCCCUAUCAUUUUUGGCUUAAAUUCAUAUGUAUAAGAAAACUGACAGAUUUAUUUAUUUACUUAUUUUAAACAGCAUUUUGAUAUUUACUGAUUUUCAACCGUAGUUGUACCGUCAGUGAUAAAUGAAAUGCCUUUCUGGGUUAAAGCAAACUAUUGAUUGAACUAACUUUCUUCCAGAGGAAUUGUAAAGAGGGCACACAAGUUUACGUAUGAAGAUAUAUCUUGUACAAAAAUGAUUGGGCAUGCUGCUCAGUUGGUUGAAAUAACACUAUACUUAAGACAUAAUGGAAACGUUCACUGAUAUGUUCACUGAUAUUCAACAAAUGCCAACAAAUGCAGACUACUUCCGAAAAUAUCUCCUCGUGUAAAGAGGCAUAAGCCAGUAAGGAAUUGUAGAUGUUUCAUUGCCAGAUAAUGUUAUUGUUUGGUUUUGGAUGGCAACAUUGUGCAAUUUUAGUAACAUAAAGCAACUUGGAAUUGCUAGUAAGCAAUAGAUAUGAGUUUUGUAGAUAACAACCUGACUAUAACAAUAAUAUCAAAUAGUAUUAGCCACUUAGAGAGGCUAGUUAGCAAGAUAAAAUCUGAAUGAAUGAUGCUAGGUAAUAGGCCAAUAUCUGCUUCUUACAGUUAUAGUUCAGUAGCUUAUGCAGAACACACUAACCAACAUUUGGGUAACUAGUGCAUUUCUUAGUGGACAUAAAUGCUUGUACAGCAGCUUAGCCUAUGUCAGUUGUGAUACCUAAUAUUAUGCUGGUGAUGAAGUUAGAGCUGUGUGUGAACCAUGCAAUACCAAAGGUGGGGAAAAGUUUUUGUUUCUAAAUAAAAAUGGGUCUGUCUCCUAAGUAUCUUCAUUUUCAUUAAGGACAUAUCUCCCCUUUUAAUCCAUUUUAAAUUA